CUUGGGCAUUCGGUCUAACCCUGUUACUCACAUCGCGAGAACCACCGGUGGUGACUUGCCAGAAAUCAUACAGCGCACAGCUGACAGAGCAGUCUUAUUGCAGGAGAGAGCGAGCGAGAGCAAGAGAGAGAGAGACGGGGAGAAGCAGUGAAGCCAGCCAGUGGACAUGGGCAACAUAUUUGGAAGCCUUCUGAAGAGCCUGAUUGGCAAAAAGGAGAUGAGGAUCCUGAUGGUUGGCCUUGACGCCGCCGGGAAAACAACGAUAUUAUACAAACUGAAGCUGGGAGAGAUCGUGACGACCAUUCCCACCAUCGGGUUUAAUGUGGAAACGGUGGAGUAUAAAAACAUCAGCUUCACCGUGUGGGACGUCGGAGGCCAAGACAAGAUCAGGCCCCUGUGGAGACACUACUUCCAGAAUACACAAGGUUUGAUCUACGUGGUGGACAGUAAUGAUCGUGAGCGGGCGAAUGAGGCCAGAGAGGAGCUGAUGAGGAUGCUGGCCGAGGACGAACUCAGAGAUGCUGUACUCCUCGUCUUCGCCAACAAACAGGAUCUGCCCAAUGCCAUGAGUGCCGCUGAGAUCACAGACAAGCUGGGGCUUCACUCGCUGCGUCACCGUAACUGGUACAUCCAGGCCACAUGUGCCACCAGCGGGGACGGACUCUACGAGGGCCUGGACUGGCUGGCCAAUCAGCUGAAGAACAAGAAGUGAAGGCACCCCCCCCCAGUUGAGCUGAUAGAAGAGCCCGUUGCGGUGACAUCCGCUGUGCGGUGCAUAUGAUGGCAUUGGCAGUGGGUAGGACAAUGCAAGGCAAUGAGCUACUACAUACGAUGCUGGGAGGGCAGUUCUGGCAGGGGAGUCUUGUUUCUUUCCAUACUUUACGAUACAAAGGAGUCAAGUUGUGAGCAAGUGUACUUCCGUUUGUACAUUGUAAAAUCU